AUGGCAAGAGGGGGCACUAGGCUAAAUCACCUGCUUUUUGCAUAUGAUCGUGUCCUUUUUGGAAAGGCCAAGAGUGAGGAAUGGAAGAAGCUUAUGGAUAUGUUAAAAGUCUAUGAAAGGGCCUUAGCAACAAAGAAAAACUUGUGGAAAAGGAAAGCAGUAGAGAAUGCUUCAUGUCCAAUAUGUGGCUUUGAGGAGGAAACUGCCAUGCAUGUUAUGUGGCAAUGCCCUGCUGCAAGGGAUAUUUGGAUAGGUUCAAUUCAAGUUAUACAGAAAUGGUCCAGUGUAGAAGAUAAUUUUCUGAUUCUAUGGGAGAAGUUAAUAGAUAAAUUGACAGAUAAGGAGCUAGAGUUAGUGGCUGUAUUGAUGAGACUAUUGUGGCUUAGAAGAAACUCUUUCAUUUUUGAAGAGAAGUUCAAAGAUCCUGAUUCUGUAAUUAGAUCAGCUAGAGCAGUUAUUGAAGAUUUCCAAGAGGCUAGGAUAGAUGAGUCAAAGAUAAAAAGUCCAGUUACCAUUGGAAGUGGCAGUCAAAGGUGGAUUAAGCCGACACAAGGAUUCAUAAAAGCAAACUGGGAUGCUUCUUUAGGCACACAAAAUUUGGGACUUGGUAUUGUUUUGAGGAAUGGUAUUGGAGAAGUCCUGGCUUGUGCUUGUUAUAAAAAACCACCAGUUUCUGAUUCUACUCUAGCAGAAACUAUGGCACUAUGGCAGGCUGUCGAACUAAGUAAUGAAUUGGGUUUUAGAGUCAUUCUUGAAGGGGAUGCUCAAGUCAUGGUACAAGCUAUUAACAGUGAGGAUGAGGACUUUUCUCUUGGUGGGCAUAUAGUAGAGGAUGUUAAAGUUGUUUUGAGAGAGAGAAGGGCAUGGAAGGUUCAGUUUACAAGAAGAGAAGGAAAUGGGGUGGCAAAUUCGUUAGCAAAAAAAGCUUUAUUAGUUGAACAUGAUUAG